AUGGAUUUGAUUAGAUACGUUGAUGAAGUGUCAUCUCUGCGCUUGUUAAUCAUGAUAGAGGAUGUCUACUUACCGUCGGAUCGGCCGGCGCUACUAGCAGUCAAGGCAGCUCUCCACGAGCCUCACUUGGCCAUCUUCAACUCAUGGAAAGGCACCGAUUGCUGCCACAACUGGUACGGCGUUAGCUGCGACCAAGAGACACAUCGAGUCGCCGACAUCAAUCUCCGCGGCGAGUCCGAAGAUGCCAUCUUCGAGAGAGCCCACCGGACCGGUUUUAUCUCUCCCGAAAUAUGCAAGUUAUCACGCCUUUCCAGUAUAACUAUCGCCGAUUGGAAAGGAAUCACAGCCCAGAUUCCAAAAUGUAUCACCCGUCUGCCAUUCCUUCGUAUCCUUGAUUUGAUUGGUAACAAGAUAUCGGGACAGAUUCCUGCUGGUAUCGGGAGAUUGAAGCGCCUCACUGUUUGA